UCAAAUACACAUUUGUUUAAGACUGAGCUCUCUAGGGUUCUAUAUGAAAUCAAUAUUGAUGUUAAUUAGCUUUCAUGCUAUCAUAUUCUGUGAACUGUGUUUGAGAGAUGUCAGACAUUCAAAAGAAAUGAUUUCCUCACAAAAUUUAAAGAAUACUCAAUUAACUAAUUUGUUUUUCAAGUACAUGUAAUGAAGAAGAUUAUGUUUGACUAAAUGUGACAACAUUUUGAGAAGAUGGCAGGUCAAGUUGAUGCAACUAGCAGAUUAAAGCAAAGCAGAAGCGAGAAAAAGAGCAGGAAGGCAAUGCUUAAGCUUGGAAUGAAGUUCAUUCCUGGUGUCAGCAGAGUUACUGUGAAGAAGAGCAAAAAAACAGAUUUGGAGUUCUAAACUGCAACCCAUCAUCCAAAGAGUUCUUUCUGUUCAUUUUUUUGGAUCAUGUGGGUAAAGAGAUUAUGUAAAAAGCUCUUGAAAUAGAAGAUAAUACUACUAAAGAGAAGAGAGGAGGCUGAAAGUGAAAGCAAUCAUAAAAAUCUUAGUGAGCAAUGGUGACUGGAAAAUGGUAUAAGAAGAGGAGCUGUGUUUAAUGGGAGAAAUCAGGAAAGAAAAACAUUGGCAACUUUUCUGGCUAUGUGUGGUUGACUUGUUUUUAAAUAAGAGCAAGACUUUCCGGUUUCCGUCUAUGGAUCGUUUCUUGAAAGAUGCAAGAGCUUCCGGUUCCCUCAACCUCUCCAACCGUUCACUAAGUGAAGUGCCAAAUGAAGUAUACAAAAGCAUGGAUGCUAUUGGAGGCAGUGAGAAAUGGUGGGAGACCGUGGAGCUACAGAAGCUUAUUUUAGCGCAUAAUAACAUUGAAUCGUUGAGGGAAGAUCUCAGAAACUUGCCUUUAUUGUCUGUACUUAAUGUUAGACACAACAAGCUAACCCUCCUGCCGGCUGCCAUAGGCGAGCUUCACAUGCUAAAAUCAUUAGAUGUUUCAUUUAACAUGAUAUCCAGCAUACCUGAAGAAAUUGGAUCGGCAACUGCUUUGGUCAAGUUUGAAUGCUCAAAUAAUCAACUAAAAGAUCUUCUAGGCUCCAUAGGACGUUGUUCAGAUUUGUCAGAGUUCAAGUGGAGGCCGAAGAGAAGAUCAAGUAGAUGAAAAUCAUCCAUUCCAAUUUUUUAUUUCAUUUUUGUUGUUCAAAACUACUUUGUUUGUUUGAGAUUUUUGUGACUAUGAUAUGAUUUUAUUAAAUAAUUUUAUAAGAUAAUUUUGU